AUGUGACCACUGGCCCAUCCUGCCCAAGAUCCACCACUUCUGCCCUCUCAGCUCUCCCUGGAUCCAUCUGGUCCCGAGUGGGAUUGCCCACUGGGCUCCAAGGACCUGGAGGAUGAGGGCCCCUGGGGAGGGGGCUCUGGCCUGCCGCCCACAGGCUGCUUCCCUGGCUCCUGGCGCCAGGACGUGGGCCUGGACUGCAAGGGAUCCCCCGAGGGGACCGAGGCCCGGGCCUGGACUGUCUACUACUACAGCCUCCUGCAGAGCUGCCUGCAACAAGCUGGCCUUCCGGAGACCCAGGACCGCAGCCAGGCGCCCCGCACAGGCUGUCCUGGGGCGGAGGUGACCUUGUGCGUUCUGGGCUCCCCCAGCACCUUUCUGCCUGUGCUGCUGGAGGGUGGGGUCCAGAGCCCGGGAAACAUGCUCCUUUGCCUGUCCCCUGCUUGGUUGAUGAAGGUGCCAGCACCUGGGCAGCCGGGUGAGGCAGCCCUGCUGGUCCUCAAGGCUGUGAGCUUCCACCCUGGGGGCCUGACAUUCCUGGAUGACUUUGUCCCCCCACGCCGUGCCACCUACUUUCUGGCAGGCCUGGGUCUGGGGCCCAGCCGGGGCCGAGAGGCAGCAGAGCUCGCCCGUGACCUGACCUGCCCCACAGGAGCUUCAGCUGAGCUGGCCCGGCUGCUGGAGGACCGGCUGCUGACAAGGCAGUUGCUGGCCCAGCAGGGUGGUGUGGCUGUGCCAGCGACCCUGGCAUUCACUUACAAGCCGCCAGGGCUGCUGCGUGGAGGGGAUUCCAGCCCAGGGCUACGGCUGGUGGAGCUGAGUGGCAAAGAGGGCCAAGAGACGCUGGUGAAAGAGGAAAGGACCUGGCUGGGCCCCAAGCCUUGGACAAAUCCUAGAAAAACCUGA